AUGGUGUGGGGUCUCUUUCGAGUCGACCCACUUCCAGGCGAAGAGAGAUAUUACUUUUUCAGUAAAGGGACUUACAAAGUGGGUCGAAGAGGAUGUGAUAUUACCAUUAAUAAAGAUAAAGGUGUCUCGAGGAUACACGCAGAGAUUUUGAUAGACGAAAUGGUUUGCCUGGAUAACCCACGAUCGCAAUCUUCCAAAGUUAGGGUACGGGACUGCUCCAAGUAUGGAACAUUCGUCAAGAAGAAUCAGGGCUCCAAGGAAAAGGUUCAUGAGUUUCCGAACAAAGAAACAGUACUAAGUGAUGGCGACAUGGUUUCAUUUGGCACAGGAAAUGCAACCUACAGGUUUUCUUUUGUUCCAAUUGUGUUUUUCUAUUGCUGUUCAAAGGCCAUCCUAAAACCCCUUCAAGAGCAGAUAUUAUCAAUAGGUGCUUCUAUUUGUCAAAAGUGGAGUUUGAACUGCACGCAUGUGCUGGUUGAUGGCUCAGUUUCUUUGAAGGAAGAGUUAAUUGAUGCCAUUGCAGCUAAAAGACCUUUCAUUUCCCGUGAGUGGGUCGAGUUUAUUGCAGGACAAACCAUUUGCACUGAAAUACCGAGCUGUGCCUCUUAUGCUCCAACCUUGUUACUCGAAGAAGUAUCGGUCAAAGUUGCUGACCCUCAAUCUCGGGGGAAUUGUUUGAAUGAAUACACUUUUCUGCUGGAGUCGGAAGACAAGUAUAAACUCAAGGAGAGAUUGCAGUGUUUGUUGGAACUUUGUGGUGGAAAAGUUGUUUCUUUAGAAGCUUUCUGCCUGGAUAGCAGCCAGGUUUUAGAGGAUGAAGGAACCAAAAAUGUAGUCUGGGUGAUUCCUACUGGAUCAACUGCCAAUCCAAAGUACUCCCAUAACACUAAAUCCCUGCCUAAUGUAAAGGAGAUGGAGUUGCUUUCUUCCAUAAUAUCUGGAUAUCUAGAUCCUUCAAUUAUUCUAUUACCUCCUGUUCUUGUCACAUCUUCAUGCUCUACGGAUGAAACAAUUGUGGCAGAUUCUGAUGCAGAAACAGAAACUGCCACAUCAGUGCAGACUUCUCCUGCAGUCUAUACAGCGGGAUCCUCUGACCUUGAACAUAAAGAAACUGUCCAUUUACUAGAUUCUGUUAAACAGGAUAGUGUCGAAGAAAUAGCAAUGCACGUGAUACACUCCCCUGAAACAGAUAGAACUGAAGAUAAAACAUUUGUUGGUGUGAGCAUUUGUGAGGCGAAGAUUAAAGAGGAGAUACCAGGUAGUAAUUCCACUGUUAACUGGUCCAAUGUUAGUUCCUUGAAAGGCUUGAAGAGCAGAGACGGAACUGCCGGAUCAAGAGUAGAAAAAAUUGAAGCACCAGAAUGUGAUAAUAUGGAUAUCAUAUACAGUCAAGAUCUUAUUGUGAAAGAUUCUGUAGUGCCAUCAUCCCCUUCUCCUGAAAAUGAUCCUGUCAUAAAUUUCAAACGAUUUCGGAAGAUGGGAACUCCUUCAGGAAACAGCUUCGACAAUCUCAUCCCAUAUUCCAAGGAUCCUUACAAGGAAUCCGACUAUGGAAAUGAAGAAGUAGCCCAAUCCUUCAAAGAAGAGAAAAAGAGAAAACAAAUGGAGGCCAUGGCAGAUGACUUAUUCAAUCACUACGGGGAGAAAGCGGGCUGCUGCAGGUUCUCGCAAAGGAGUUUCUGCUCGUGGUUAGCUUAA